CCCGUUAGCCUAGAAAAUUCCAAUGCUUAUUCGGGAUAGGUAAAAAUACGUGUCUGAACUGUAUGCGUUGAGUACUGCACAUGUUGGGGGAAUGUACUACCAGCACUGCAAAUCCUGAGGCCACAGUUUGGUGUACCUGGCACUUGUACAGGCAGGAUUGGGCAGCAGCAGAGCUGAUUCCAUCUCAACGUUGUCUGUGCCAAGACGGGGAGAACUGAAGAUACUCUGACGCUAUGAGGAGACACAGUUACAUCUUCAUCCUCAAGCUUAUCUCCGUCUUUGUGGCCGCGCCCCUGAAGGAAGUUGGCAGUACGUGUAUGUACAGUGAGAUGACGAGCAUGAAGAUCCAAGCCCUGGAGAGAGGCGUGUUCCCCGGCAGCGAAGAACACCUACUCACGGACAAUGACACACUACUCUGCAGUCAGUACAGGGACUUCGUUGUGUGUUCAAGUUACGUCUUACACCAACAACCCGGCUGUUCGUUACGAGAUCUCCCCACGGUCUUCCCCACCUUCUACACCUACCAGGACACCGUGGGGCCGGACUGUACCAUGCCUGGGAGAGGAAGUUACGGCGUUCAUCGGAUGACGAAGCUUCAGGUAGACGCCUGUAGGAGGUACGUCUGUCUGGGGAUGUUACAGAACUGCAGCGAUGUGUUCCUGGGGAAAAUAGCUGCCAUGGACCAGGAAAGCCUCUGUACAUGGCCAGGGGAUCAGAUCGGGGUGUACUUGGAGCUGAAUGACUGCGUUGACUUCGCCCAAACUGUCACCAACUACACGGAAAGCUUGCUCGCAGACGAGGUGUUGAAGAGGGUACACGAGACAGCGUACGGGCACUGCAAGGGGAAGUACAAGCGGGAGCGGGAGCCCUUCGACCCGCCCGACUCCAUCUUCGCCGCCUGCGUGUCGGUCCCGGCCUUCCUGACGUUUGUAGCGGCGGUGGUGCUAGCGUCCUGGGACUACAUCCGAGGAAAGCAGUCCAACGGGGCGUCCGGACGUACCGAUACGUUCUCUAUGGACCGCGUCAUGGUGACUAUGGACUUGAAACUGCCGGGAUCACCACAUAACACGUAGAAGUGCCAGGUUCUGACUGUGUAUUCGAACUAUGGACUUAACAUCUCUCUAUAGAUAUCACAUACACUCAAGAACUUCACAUCGUGAUGGAGGGUUACACCACAGUCAAUAUAGAGGGUCAUUGGAGGUGAAGCUAUGCCGCUGCGGGUCGCAGUGUGGCGCUCGUAAACCAGGUUGUUACAUCAUGUUGUGUGAUAUAAGGCCUUGUGAAAUCCGAGCUGUUUGGUCAUUGUCGUACUACAUGGGUAGAUAUCAACAUAAAGCUGAAUACAGAGUAGUAUAAUCAAGAGAAAAUAUGAGGAUGACUAAUCAGCACCAAGGAAAGACCUAAGGAUAGCCAAUCAGUAUCACGGAAAGACCAGAGGAUGGCCAAUCAGUAUUAAGGAAAAGGAUGAGGAUGGCCAAUCAGCACCAAGGAAAGGCCUUAGGACGGCCAAUCAGUAUUAAGGAACCUAAGCGUUAGUGUGUAUAUUUAAGUAAUGGAACAUAAUGAUUUUGUCAUUCUUGCAAUAGAAAUGGGAGAAAGAUACCGCUGGUCGGUUAAAUGUUCACUGACGUGUAAAUGUACUAUAAUGUAAAAUAACAAUUGUCUCUGAUUGAUGUUUAAAUUGAUUUUGUUUUGAUGUGAUGUGAGGAGACAUUAAUUUUAUUGGUAUCUGCUUAACACAAGAUUAAUAAAGUCUACUUU